CAUUAUUUAUAGCGAAAGAAAUUGAACCAGAUUUUAAAGAUCACAGAACUAUGGUGUGUAAGAAGUAAAAUGUAACAUUUGCCACCUUUCUUGAUAUUCUAACCUUUUUGUUACCUGUCAUCCGUGCCGUCGGUGAUAACACACCCCUAUUUUUUCCUCUUACCCUUCGUGUAAUGGCAGUAAACUUAUUCGCUAAUAGAAAUUAUAAAGUAGGAUAAUUUAUGGGUACAGCUAAACAAAGUCGGAGGUGUUUUGACGAACUACUUCUUGCGUUAUCGGAUUUCAAACUUGGAUAAUAGAGAUUUCAUAAGAAAGGUAGAUUUUGAUGAAACUUUAAAUCUUAUUACCAAUUAUGUUGUUUAAUUGAAACAGACUGUAAACGUCAGAAUUUUGAGGAUAACCCAUUCCUUAUAUACUAAAUGUAACUAAUCUCCAAAAAUAGCAAAAUAUAGCCAAAUAUAGUCACGUUAAAUUUUCUUUUAGUAGUGGUACAUGAAAUAUCCUUAAGGUCAUCCUUAAGGAUAAGGUCCUUUAGUAUUAAAUGUUUUCUUGUUUUCCUGAGAUCAUUUAAACGGCUAAACUCUAUAAAAUAUGAUGAAUAGAAGGAAUAGUGCUCCAAUUUUUUUUUUUUUUAAAUAAAAAUUAUAACAUUUUACAUGUAUAAAAAACCCCAAGUUUAUAUAUUUUGUUUCCGUUUUAAAAAGCAGAAAACUUGAUCUCGAACCUUUGUCGAUGUUCCAAUAGUUUCUCGGUACUAUUCGAAAGUGUUGCCAAAACCUGAUCCUUGUAAUAAAAAUUGUACAGGCCAUUCUUACUUUUGACCAGACAGUGAAGGCCGUGAUUGGAGUUUAUACUAUAUUACUUCGGUAGUUCUUAAUGUGUGAACUCUGCAUUCGCAAUUUUCCAAAUUGAAUUUAUACAAAUCAACGACAGAACAUUUAUGUAAACAGCUUAUAUAGGAAAGAACUAUAAGUAAAUGCACUUCGAAAAUCUGGUAAUUUACACGUUUUUCUUGAAAAAGAUAUGUUUUCUAAAUUCAAUCUGGAUGUCGGUUCGUCUACAUUUUGGACCCGGUUUCCACUAAGAGGUAUUGGCAAUAUACAUGGAUGAAAUGAAACAAAACCCAGGUUUUUAUCCCAUCUAGCAUCUUAGUACUAUAAAUGUAUUCUGCGUUACCAAAAAAGUAUUCCGAGAACGAACUUUGGUUCCGGAAAAACAGAAGUUACGCUGAGUAAGUCGGCACGUUGUUUCCGCAAAACUGAGUUACAAAUAUUUCCAUGUUUUCGUUCCCGACUAAAGCGAAGGAAAGAUGGCGUAACAGUUCUGAGGCAUAAAUUGCUCCAAACAUUCCUGUCUCUGGUUAUUAAAAAAAAUAAAAAAAUUUUCUUGCACUUUGUGAGAAUGCUCUGCAAACUUUUUUCUUACUUUUCAGUAUGUGUACCUUAUUUGUGGGUGCAACCGAAGCAGGCUUUGUACAAAGCAAACUUUGUUGCCUUAAUAGAUGCGACAUUAUUAACUUUUGUAAUAUUACCUCUGGGAAAGACACAUGUGAGUGAAAUAAUGUGAAAAAAAAGAAUUUGUGUUUCUGGGAUCUAAUUCAGUAACACAGUUGAUAUGGCAACUCCCCAAAAAAAGAUUUUAAAAACUUUUUCACGAAGAGUUUCAAAAUUUAAAUAGUCACUAUGAUUUAACCCUAUUGGAUUAGUAUUGUAGGAAUAAAAAAUGAUUUAAUGGGGAAUUCUACAUACACAUCCUUUCCAGAGCAAUUAGGGUUAAACAAUUGAUAUAUACGUGUGUCUGUAUUAUCCUAAUUAACUUAAUAAUAUAGAGUGUAUACAAUGAGAACAAAUUGCUAUACUCCUUCUUUCAACUUUCCACAAUUAUACUUUAAUUCAGUGUCUGAAAGGUAUAAGGUUAUAAUUAAAGAGUAUUCAAAAGGUGAUUUUAAUCCCACUGAUUUUGUUUUUGUUAUGGUUAAGCUUCCAUUUAAUCGCAAUUCAAAUAGUAAGAUAUAAGAAGAUAAAGUUGGUAAACUAAGAUUAACUUCUCAAGAGACGAUUACUGAAAAACUCAUUUCUUAACUUAUUUAUUUAAUAUUGUUGACUUGUUUGCUCUGCGUUGUACAUUAGAAGAUUUAUGGAAUUAAGUAUUAGGUUUACGCUUUUAGCUGCAAAUUUGGUAUCUGUGAUUUAGCCUCGUCACUUGAGACAUGUUUAAAGAAUAUCUUACGGAAUAAAACCAGGCAAAUUGGUUAUAUAUAUUAUAUAAGAAAAGAAAAAUUUAAAACACAUAUGAAUGUUUACAAUCUUUCAAUAAAAGAACGCCUUGAUUAAGUUCUACUUUAAUUGUAAUCAUAGGUUUCGGCUCAAAAAGGCAUAAAAUGAAUUGCAAGAAAAUUUAUUUUCAGGUUUUAUGACUUUACAAUGAGUAUUCUGCAUAUUAUUAUACUAAUAUUUUCGUGCUUACUGCUUGUAAAUUCACUGGACAUUGAACGUAGAAAAUCUGGAGAUAGACUGACAAAUGGUAGCAUCUGUGACAGAGGAACUUAUUUUUUAAAACAAAGUGUGGCACCAACGUUACAUUGCAUGUCUCGCAUGUAUGAAGCAGGAUGUGACUGGGCAUUUGAAGCUGCAGAUGCUCACCGUGUUGGCUUUGUUCAAAAGGAGGCACUCAAGUCACCUAAUUUAAGAGUAAAAUUAUUAAAGAUGGCAUAUUUUCCAGAUGGGAAUUGUAGUAACCAUUCAAUCGGUAGAAUAGAUGCUCAAAACAUUGGCUUGAGUGGAGUAGCAGUUUGGGAUUCUAUCGUUGGUGAAAAUAUAAAUAUGUCCUUAAUUUAUCAAUUUAAUUAUGCCAGCAAAUUCGUCAACAUAACAUUCACUAAACACUGGGAUGGGAUGUUGGUCAAAUUAUUCAUAAAUUGUUUAAAUGAAACUGGAGAGAAUAUCGGAAAAUUUGCCGAGACAAGAUGUGUGAUGAUUAAAUAUGAAGGAAAUAUUACAUAUCCAAUUGCAAUAUCAAACGAAACAACAUCGUUAACAACACCAAUCUCACCAACAGCAACGACGAAAUCCAAAACAACUGAUACAAGAAAAACGGUAACAGGGACAGCAACAGCAAAAACAACUAACGCAAGAAUAAGCAAAUCAGGUGUGACGAAAGUUAACCGUACUUAUACAACACAUAUGACAUGUGUCAAUCUCAGUUACAAAUCUAGCACUCAAAGAGAAAACGUACUUAUUGGUGUCAUAUGUACUUUGGGAGGACUUAUCCUUAUUCAAUUUCUCGUGGUAUAUGUUAGUAUAAAAAGAAAUUUAUUGUUAUAACACUAAAUUGGAAAAAGAAAGAAAACCCAUCUAAUAAUCAGGUAAGGUUAAGUUAUAAAUGACUUAAUUUCCCCAGCCUAAAGGUCUGUUACCGAAAUGCCGGACAUUAUUCAUUUCUAGAGUUUGCCACAAAUCUCUAAAUGAUUUAGAUGGUGUAUAUUAAAGCAAAGAGUUAAUUUUAUGCCACAUCGUGCUCAAUUUGAGAGAAAAACUCGCGCGUUGACAUUCGUAAUUCUCCCUACAAAAAGUUUUUCUUUUUCUUGCUGUUCGAGCAUGAGCAUAAAUAUUUCAGGUAGCAUAUAAAAUUCGAAAGGAGGAACUAUUUUUAUAAUCAGAAUGCAUAAAAAAAUUCUGAUAAUUUGACAGUUUAAAAUCAACUUAAAUGAUGACGUUCGACACAUAAUAAGGCAUGUCUUCUGCCGAAACUUCCGAAAUUACAAUAAAGUGGAUAAAAGAGACAAAAAUGAAUUAAGUAAACCGUAUAUCUAUAUUGUCCUAUAUCAAGUAAAAGAAAUAAUAUCAAUUUGUUAAUUUUAUUAAAAGCUGGGAUAGAAUAGACAACAGUGGACUGAAUUUUUCGUUGCACGAUAGAAAAAUGUAACACAUGUUGUUUUCUACUGUAAUUCAACAAAAGAGUUGUGAAAUUUACUGUGUAAAUUAUUUUGCAGCGAAAAUGUUUCCGGUAAAUCUUUCGAUUAAAAUAAUAAUCGUGGAAAUAACUCCUUGCAGGGUGUCCACUUUUAAAAGUUUGUAUUUUAGGAAGACGCUUACGAUGUCGUUAUGUCACCAACCUCAAAUAGUUUUCAAUUAAGUAAACCUGACAAAGUAAGUUAAUAUUUAGUAUAAGUACAACAUUUUUGCACUAUCCGCAAAAGCUAUUUUAAUAUUGUUAUUUUACAUUCAGUUUAUUGCUUGUUUACUUAGAAGUAUAAUUUUAGGAGAGUCAAAAUUACAUUGAAUUAUCAUUGUCACAGAAAGACGUUAUCCAGGCUAAUUACGCUAGUCUAUGUAAAGAUAAUCAAAGUUACGAUGGCUACGAAACAACGUCAAGAUACAAAUAAAUGUCCGCGAAGGUUCCACGAAAUACUUUUGUUUAAAUUUGUUUUUCUAAUUUUAAAUUAACAUACUUCUCUGUAUAUUAAAAAAGCUUGAAAUUUAUGAUACGACACACGUUUCUUUAGCGCCUCCUCUGUCAGUGCAUAUCAUAUCCAAUGACGAUAAAACUGGAGGAAGCGCAAGCUCUCACAUAAAUACUAACGUAAUCUUGGAUUUGGGAUAAAGAAAGUUUAUUCGGUUCAUAGCAAUUAAUAUUGAGUUUUCGAGACCAAAUCUGAUAAUCAGUAUUGAAAAUUUUAAUUCCAAGAACGGAAAUGAGUUUUGUUCUCGAGUACCAGAAAUAAAGUCUGUAGUAGUAGUAGUUGUUGUUGAAUGCGGUUCAUAUUUGUCCGGACCAUUGUCCGGAUAUUACAUCGUAGUCCAUCAUACGCAUGCUUCUGAACAAACCUUGGGAAAUCGAGAGAUGUACGCCUAUGUCGACGUAUGAUUCACUAAGAAUGUUAGGGUUAAACGAGGCAUUAUUGAUACCAGUUUGAAAGCGGGUGAUUUUUACUUAUUUUUGCUUUUUAAUUAUGAGCUGUAAUUAUCGAGGUUUGAUUUUUUCUUUAACUUACUAAUUUCAAAGUUUGGGAUACUUUUUGCAUUAUGAGAAUUCACGAAAAUUUACAUCCAUAAGCUUCCGAAAUUUUAGCCAGUCUUAAAAGUUAACACGCACAGAAGAGUGUUAGCAAAUUUAACGUUACGUUAGCUUUACCUCGUGUGGUUACAUACUCGGAGUAGAGCUAAUUAUUUUGUUUAACAAUUUUUUCGCUUGGUUUAACUUUUGUUCGUCUUAUUAUUCAAAGCAUUUCAUCUUUUUGUAUAUCUGUAAGAAUGAUUAUUUGUUUGUUUGUGUGUGUGUUUGUUUGUUUGUUUGUUUGUUUGCACAAAGUUGAUGAAUAUAUAUGAAGUAGUGGAAAAUAGUAAAACUAUUAUUUCUGUAUUAAAUAAGGUUUUGACGAAGAAAUAAAUCUUAGCACAAAACGUUGUGUUUUUCCCUUAUCCUGUUAAGGAUAACUAUUUACAGAAGUGCAAUUGACUCAUCCAUAUCCAUCUCAUUGUUUCUUUGUAAUAUUUCCGUAAAAUCAUCGUGUUGCUCACAGAAAGACAGAUGACGGCGAGCGUUAUAACACAGACGUUAUCCCGUCACGACGACGUCUAAUAUAAUAUUAUGCGUUUGUAGUUAUAGCUUUCCAACUUUUAGCGUGUGUAUAGUGACAUCACCUUUAAUUUUACGAAGCUUUACUACACUUUUUAUUUUUAUCUUAACUCCUAACUUUUUUCGGCUAGUUUAGUCACGAGUAUAAGAUAACAAAAAUAUUUUCGUCACUCGUUAUUCAAAAUUUUGCUCGCCUUUGGCCAAUGUGUAAAAAAUACUCAAUUAUAAAUAAUUCAGCAGUCACAAAGAUUUAAACAAAACUGGUAUUUGGAACAGAAUAAUUGAUCUUUUGGGUCUGCCGUGCUCACAGUUCUUUUAUGUGAAAAGUACAUCAAAUUGUUGUAUUUUUUGUCUUUGUUCAUGACUUUUUUUGUUACGAUAGCUGUUACAUGCAAAAUUAGAUAAUAGAAAGGACUAUUUAAUGGAAUAGACCAAGCCAGUCAGAUCUUC